AUGCCAUUCCGCAUCUCGCGCUCGACACGGCUGAUUGUUGUCAUUGUCAUCUCAACAUGCUUCUUCCUGGGAGAGAUUUCGGUGGGAUUCUAUACGCAUUCACUUGCCUUGAUUGCAGAUGCUUUCCACUAUCUAAAUGAUCUGGUGGGAUUCAUCGUCGCUCUUGUAGCCUUGAAGAUAUCUGAAAAGGGCGAUUCACCGAGUGGCCUGUCCUUUGGAUGGCAGCGCGCCCAGUUGCUAGGUGCCUUCUUCAACGGGGCUUUGUUACUGGCACUGGGGAUAAGCAUCUUCUUACAGUCUAUUGAGAGAUUCAUUUCCCUGCACCGUGUGGAAAAUCCUGUGCUAGUUUUGAUCGUCGGUUGCAUUGGUCUGGGACUCAAUAUCAUCAGCGCUUUGUUCUUGCACGAACAUGGACAUGGCCACGACCAUAGUCCGGCACCUUCUCUGAAAACCGAGAUUUCGCCAAUUUACGAUGAAAGCGAGGAUUUGCCUACAAAGCACCAUAACCACAAGCACACACAUAGCCCAGCCUACGGUCACUGCCAUGAUCAUGAAAAUGGUCAUGGUCAUGGUCAUGACCAUGGUGACCUGGGGAUGAUGGGUGUAUUAUUGCAUGUCCUCUGCGAUGCGGCCAAUAACCUAGGCGUCAUUGCAUCCGCCCUAGUGGUUUGGCUGGCGAAGUAUGAUGGCCGCUACUACGCCGACCCGGGCGUCAGCAUUGGGAUUGCUUUGAUGAUCAUUCUAUCAUCCGUUCCUCUUGUCCGCAGAGCUGGUUUGAUCCUGCUGGAAAGCGCUCCGAACGGGGUUGACCCCCGCGACGUGCAACAUGAUCUUGAGAGUGUUCCCGGAGUCCACUCCAUCCACGAACUUCACAUUUGGCGCCUGAACCAGCAAAAAACCCUGGCAUCGGUGCACGUCGUUGUCUCAGACCCCUCGGUCGCCACCUUUUUAAAAACCGCGAAGAUAAUAAACCAGUGUUUUCACGCAUACGGUAUUCACUCCACCACAUUACAGCCCGAAAUCUUGAUCGACACCGAAAUCCCGUCCCCGAUCGGCGAGAAAGCAGCGCGGUGCCAAGUUGUCUGUGGAAGCUUGUGUGAAGCGCUAACUUGCUGUGGAUGA